AUGGCGAUAUCUCCCUUUAAGCCUAUGCUUCUUCUCCUUGCAUCACUCUUCUUCUUACCCCCUUCGCACGCUGUCCAUUUCCAAUACUGCAGAGGAAGUGGAUAUGAUUACGGUAACAUCACUCGUGUGGAUAUCUCUCCAAACCGGGUUGAGGGCAGUGACGAACCAACCAUUACGUUUUCUGGCAGCAACAUCUACCGAGGAAGAAUCGUCGUGUACAUUUUUUCGACUACACCGUGGGGUACUGACGCAGGUCGCAUUCUUGUAACAAAAGAAUUUGAUGCAUACGAUGGCGUUAUUGAACAUGGCAAAAACUUCGAGUUAAGCAUCAGUGUUCCUAGUAGCGAAGCCAAUUUGGUAAUUUAA